UGCACCUAACAAACUGUCACAGGUGAAUGAACACCGAUUGACGGAUCUCGGUGCACCCAAGAAAGUUGGACCGCGGUGGCUCACAGUAUCCAAAAUGGCUUUGCCAUUUGCAUUUCUUCCGUCGGGACUGCACGGGAAAAAGUCGUCGAGACGAGACUCGGGGAUCUCCGACGACGAUGACGUAGAGUUGACGGAAGCAUUUGAGAAGGGUUUGCGGGAAAUCAAUGAGAACUCGGAGACAAGGAAUCUGAAAUUGGAAGAACUACGUAAUCUGCUUAAAUCGAGACCCGAUAUACGGUUCCGAUCGGAUGACGCUUUCUUGUUGCGAUUCUUGCGCAACAAGAAAUUCGACGUAGAGCGCUCGUUCAACAAAAUCGUCCGGUAUUACGAAGUACGUCGCGACUAUACGGAUAUAUUUGGCACUUUUGAACCCAUGCAACAUAAGUACGUAUUCGACGCAGAGAUGGAAAUGGUCUGCCCGGGGAGGGACAAGGAAGGGCGAAGAGUGGUCAUCGCACGCAACUCAAGGUGGGAUCCGGACCGUUAUGAGGUAGCUGAUGGGUUCCGGGGAUCACUCAUGAUGAUCGAAAAGCUGCUGGAAGAAGAGGAAACACAGGUAAACGGAAUGGUAUUCGUCGCCGACUUCGAAGCCUUCUCCAUGAAACAUAUGACAAUGGUGAAACCAUCUAUGAUGAAGAAAAUGACUGAUAUAUACGAGAAUGCACUUCCUCUUCGUAUCAGAGCUGUCCACUUUGUGCGCCAACCUGCUCUAUUUCAGAAAUUGUUUAAUCUUGUCAAGGGGCUGCUUAGUUCAAAAUUAACGAGCAGGUUACAUUUUCAUGGCGAGGAAUACGGUAGUUUACAUCAAUUCAUACCAUCAUCCAUGCUACCGGCCGACCUUGGCGGUCAGUUACCAGAAUUUUCCAACAAAGAAUGGAGAGACAAAUUGCUUGCCUCGAACGAGGAGUUCAAGGAGAACAACAAAUACGGCUUCCCUUUAAAGAACGAGACCAUGUUACGUCACUCAGGAACGAAUGACAACCACGUGGAGUGCUUGCCGAGCGCUGGCAUUGCAGGAACGUUCAAGAAGAUUGACGAUUAAACAACUAAUACACUAACGCGGGCAAUGCAAUUAACGUCA